AUGACAUCUCAGACUAAAGAAUUAAUAUCAAAAGGAAAUACCGCUUAUUCAAGUGGUGAAAUUGACGAAGCUAUCGAUUUAUAUACUCGAGCUUUAGCAAUCGAUGAAAACAAUCAUAUACUCUAUAGUAACCGUUCGGCUGCUUAUGCUAAAUUAGAAAACUAUGAAAACGCGAUAAAAGACGCUGAACAAUGUAUUAAAAUAAAACCGGAUUUCAUUAAAGGAUAUACACGAAAAGCGAGUGUAUUAGCAUUUCUAAAACGAUAUGAUGACGCAAUCAAAGUUUACGAAGCAGGUCUUGCAAUCGAUCCUAACAAUCAACAAAUACUAACGGAACUCGAAGCAACACGUAAAUCUGCAGCUGAGGCUCCACCUAAUGGGUUCAGUUUCUUUGCUGAUCCAUUAUUUAUCAAUCAGCUUAUGUCAAAUCCAAAAGCGAAAGAACUUUUAAAAGAUCCUGAAACAGCUAAACUUGUCAAAAUGAUGCAAGAAAAUCCAGAAAAUACGUCACUUUUGACGAAUGUAAAAUUAAUAAAAUUAAUUGGAACUGUACUUGGAAUUAACGGUAGCAGUACUGAAAAUGAAGUUCAGAUCAAAAAGAAAACUCAUAAAAAGAAAGAAACAAAUCCUUUGAAAUCUUCAAACAAUGCAAAUAAAACACCAGCACAAAAUCAAGCUGAAGAAGAAAAGGAGAAGGGUAAUGAAGCAUACAAGAAGAAAGAUUUCGAAACAGCAUUGAAUCAUUAUAAUAAAGCAACAGAAUUUGAUCCAAACAAUAUGACCUUUUACACCAAUAGAGCUGCUGUUUAUUUCGAACAAAAACGAUGGGAUGAUUGUAUACAUGAAUGCGAAAAAGCUAUUGAUAUAGGACGUGAGAAUCAAGCUGACUACAAAUUGAUUGCUAAAGCUUAUGCUCGUAUGGGAAAUGUGAAAGUACAAGAAAAUAACUAUCACGAUUCUAUUAAAUAUUAUAAUCGUUCACUUUCGGAAUUUCGAAAUCCUGAUAUAUUAAAGAAAAAACAAGAGAUUGAAAAAAUUCUUAAAGAGCAAGAACGCGUAGCGUACAUCAAUCCGGAAUUAGCUGCCCAAGAAAAAACAAAAGGAAACGAAUUUUUUCAAAAAGCUGAUUAUCCCAAUGCACUGAAACAUUAUACUGAAGCUAUUAAACGAAAUCCAUCGGAUGCAAAAGUUUAUUCAAAUCGAGCAGCUUGUUUUAUGAAAUUAAUGGAAUUUCAAUUAGCUUUAAAAGAUUGCGACGAAGGACUAGCACUUGAUCCAACGCUUCUUAAAUGUCACCUUCGUAAGGGACACGCUUUAAUGGCAACGAAAGAUUUUUCUCAGGCUAUGUCAGCAUUUGGUAAAGCUCUUGAAAUUGAUCCUAAUUGUCCAGAUGCUAUUGACGGUUUUCAACAAUGUUCAAUUAGACCCAGUAAUAAUGAUCCUGAAGAAGUUUUUAAACGUGCAACAACAGAUCCUGAAAUUCAAGCAAUUCUCAAUGAUCCUAGCAUGGGUUUAAUUCUUCAACAAAUGGAAAACGAACCACAAGCACUACAUCAUCAUUUACGAAAUCCAGCUAUCGCACAUAAAAUUCAUAAAUUAAUUGAUUGCGGUAUUAUUGAUAUUCGCCAUGGCUAA